AUGCGCCUCGAAGUGCUUGGCCUUCUGGCCUGUGUUGCCGACUCAGCCAGUGGACUGGCUAUUACCGUUACGCCGACCCCGACACCGUCACCGUUGCCGACACCUCAUAGACACCUGGAUCUAAUUGGUAACAACCGCUUCCUUCUCACCAAGCCUUCCCUGUGGAAGAACACAUCUGCCAAUGACUGGCAGAACAUGAAAUGCGGCCAAGUGCCACAGGGGGUUGACCCCAGCACUCAGUGGAAUGCCACUGGGGCAGAUGCUGCAUGGACCACCACUCUGGAUGCUUGGCAGCAGAAUCCUGUGGGCGCUUUCCCCGAGUUUGUCAGCUCUCGUCUUCACGGGCCGAUAGGAAUGCGAUGCUUCGAUAUUUCCUCGGAAAAUGCUUGUGCGCAGCCGGUCCAGUGCCAGAAUCCAAUUAUUCCCGCGGGCUCUCAAAUUCUCACCGGCUUCGUGGGAAUUCACCAGGCUAUUCAAACUGUCCAGGCCAAUGUCACCAACCAGAUUGGAGUCUUCACAUCCACUUUUAGCCCUCUUGUGCAUGAUAGCAGCCACGACAUCAAAAUGGCAAUUGAUGUGGUUCAAUUGAUUACCACUUUUGGCGCUUCUUUGCUCUUCAAUACCUUGUUUAAAUUGGGGACUCUCGCCACUGACAUGGGACAUGAGAUGAUCGCGACCUCUAUUGGCUCUGCCGGUACUUUCUACAAAGAAAACAUGAACGCCAUCAAUCCACUUGACGCGCAGAAUGGGCUGUCCUCCUUCCUCGGCCAAAUGAUGUCCAGGUGGCAGGGGAUCGAGGCGGAUUAUUUGGACUCUAUCUUCUCUGGACACGGAGAGAACGGAACAACCACCGAUCUAUACAACCAGAUCAAAUAUGGUGCAAUGUUGCCCAUCAUUAACGAGCUGAAACUCACUGAUACACUCCCCCAGGUGGAAAAGGUGGUCUACGGCCAGCUUAUCCAGGCGGCCUGGAAGAAUUUGCCGGACGGUUCCAAGCCUUUUAUCUGGGCGAGUGGUGAAGCAUGCGGGAAGAGCUUUCCUAGCGAUAUCUCCAGGGUUCUGCCUACUGAUGUUGCGGUGAAAGCAAAUGUUUGUCAAGAUGGUCAGUGGUUCUUUGUGUUGAGUGCGCCGCCCAGCAGUACCCCAGGUUCAAGCUCGGUCACAGCAAAUGCCUUGCCUGGUGGAGAUCAUAAAACCCUGGACGGCUCGCAAUGGGGCGGCGUCAUCCUUGAGGACAUUGUGGCAAGCAGUGUGGGAGGGUUUAAAAAGUUUGGAGGCAACAGCUACACCUCCAGCGCUGUUACUGAUCACAUCUUUACCGAUUUCGGCCAACAAGCUCCGAACAUUCGAGACCCAGGAUUUUUCUCCAUCCGUGUGUGUCAGGGAUCAGCCAUGGACAUGCAAAGUGGCCUAAAUGGUGACCCGAAAAACCCGGAGUUUCCCUGCUACACACCCAAUUACAACUCUGACGGCACAAACAUUUUCGUGAACUCUGGCUAUAUUGUGAUCAACGAUUCGCCGAGAUGUCCAGUCGGCCCCGAUACCCCUGGUUACAAUGUACAGGCCGGACCUGGAUCGAACAGCACAGCGACCAUCUAUGCCAAGUUUGACGGCUCGAACAAUAUGGACCAGGAGGUGACUCCUGGUUGCAAGCUGCAAGCUACCUGGCCUGCCAAUUAUGGGGACCUCCAUUACGGGCAAGACGAUUGUCUCCACGAUAUGAAUGGGAAGUACACACAGUGCUGCACGGAGACGACGACUGAUCGGGUUAUUAACCCCUAUGCGCCGGGUAACGAGCCCCAUAAUUGCGUGUGA